AUGGGUCUUGGACGAUGUAGUCCAACGGCUCCAGCGACGAGAGUCCGAGUGACAGCUGAGAACUCGUCAGAACCACGACCAAUCGCCCCACCAACAGAAGUUGAAGAAGAGGGAAGAAGGGCAACAAGUCCGCCAUUGAGGAGUUACAAAAUGGAAGAGCACGAGAAUCCCUUCAAACCACAAGAUAUUCUUUAUCAUGAGGUGGAUCCGAUAGUUGAACAAUAUCUCCAUAAACCUUUUCCACCAUCGCACUCUGGAUCGGGAAACAAUACUCCCGUCAAGCACAGCAGCAAUGGUCACCACAGAGAAUCGCCCGCCUACUAUCAAAAUGGUUUAACGAGAGCUGAUAUCGUGGCUGAAAAACAACACAAAGAAUCUGCCUCACAACCACUUAUUGAUACACCGGGAAGAAGAUCCGAGGGCAGAGGAGGACAUGCUAGUGGUAAGCAACAAGCCGACAGCGAACUUCCACCAGCCGGUCAAGUUGAGAUGGUUCACAUCAAAAAGAAGAAAUGUGGUUGUUGUUCUCUACAA